AUGACCGAAACUAUUAUUGACGACCAGGAUCUAUCUCAUGUUCACUAUAAUGGAACAUGGAUUAAAGGUGGCUCCACGAUAGAGCACGAUGAGACGGUCGCUAGUUCUACGGUUGUGGGGGAUUCUUUUUCUGUGGAUUUCUUUGGAACGUCAAUUACUGUUUAUGGCACAAUCGACAUAACGUCGAGCGGUGUUCUUUCGAAUUACUCGGUUGACGGGGCACCUCCCGAGCAAAUGUCAUCUCAAGCUGGUCAGGGUGAUACACCUAAUCAGCAAUUCUGGAAGUCACCUACCUUGAAUGUAGGACAGCAUCAUUUGCAGGUUACCAUGGUGAAGGUGAACACCAAUGCAGGUCCUGGGGAAGGGACUAUUUGGUUUGACUACUUUCGAGUAACUGAUCCGACAAUUCGUUCGCCUUCUGCAUCUUCCCACAAACAUCGUAUUGGGGCAAUUGUAGGGGGAGUUGUUGGAGGUGUCGUGCUUACUCUUGUGGUACUUCAUUUCAUCAUUUUUCGUGGAAGGAAAAAACGAGCCUCGCAAAAACCUCUUCCUUUUCCCCGGAGUAUUGAACCUAUUGAUGCAGAGUCACCAUCCUGUAAACAAAGGUUUACCCCAUUUCCAUUUACGCCUACGCGGACCGUGGAAAAUUCAUCCCCUACUUCACCAUCGGAAAGUGUCGCGAGCACAUCCCCAAAUACAUUACAUUCACGAAAAUUGAUGGCUCUCCAUCAGACUCAGGUUCCAACCCAUUCUACUUCGGGGCCACUGACUGCUGUAGCAAACUCCACCAACAGCUCGUUACCACUGUCGCAUGAAGAGAACAGACGGUUGUCUACUAUUCAAGAAACUAUUCAAAGUGCUGUGGCCAGGCACAAUCCAGGGGUCAUUAAUAUCAUCAUUCCCCAAGCUACCACCCCUCCCAGCACAGUAUCAUCGGCCGAGCUGUUGUCCCAGCCUGUUCAGCACAUCGACAGCGGGGUGCGUGCGAUUAAUAUACAGCCAGAGGACGCCUUGGCAGGUGGUGUAGAGCUUCCACCAAUCUACAGCCCUGUGUGA